AUGGGAAAAUUUUGUGAUCUGAUACACGGGCUUAAGCCGACGAUGAUGAUGGUGACGGUCCAAGUAGUGUUGGCGGGAGUUAACAUCUUCUACAAAUUGGCCGGAAAUAAUGGUUUGAGUUUGCGGGUUUUGAUCGCGUAUCGUUUCUUGUUUGCUGCUGCUACUGUCGUUCCUCUUGCUCUUGUGCUUGAAAGGGGAUCGCUAGCCCAAAACUUGUACGCUGAGAGCUUAGUGCUGACGUCAGCUACAUUUGCGGCAGCCAUGAGCAAUCUCAUCCCCGCGGUUACUUUCGUCCUAGCAAUAUUUUUUAGGAUGGAAAGACUAGGGCUGAAGACGAGGGCCGGCAAAGCAAAGGUGGCGGGAACAGUGCUAUGCAUAGGUGGCGCAAUGGUUUUGACUUUCUACAAGGGCUGCCAAGUCAAGAUUUGGUCAGCCCACUUUGACCUUCUUCACAAGUACCAUCAACCAGGUGGACACGUGGCAGCAGCCCACCACAAGCCCAUUAAUAACAUCAUGGGCCCACUGCUGGCGCUUGCUUGUUGCAUCUCUGUAUCGCUUUCAUUAAUCGUUCAGACGAAGAUGAGUGAGAUAUAUCCAUGCAACUAUUCGAGCACGGCCUUAAUCUCGAUCAUGGGAUCAUUUCAAACCGUUGUGUUUGCUCUUUCUACCGAAAGGGAUUGGAGCCAAUGGAAACUCGGGUGGAACCUUAGGCUUCUUACAGUUGCUUACAUGGGAAUCAUGGCAUCAGGGAUAAUGUGGGUAUUCACCAUGUCAUGUGUAAGGAUGAGAGGGCCGUUAUUCGUAUCGGUUUUCAAUCCUUUGCUGCUCGUGCUCGUUGCACUAGCAGGAUCUUUGCUUCUGAACGAGACGUUACACUUGGGAAGCGUGCUUGGAGCUGCAGUAAUAAUACUUGGGUUAUAUUCGGUGUUGUGGGGAAAAAGCAAGGAAGUAAAGAAGAUUACUCGACUUGUGCCGUCAGAAGCGGAUGAAAAUGGCGAAGGCACCAAAGAUGGAGAGAGCUUCAAGGGUUUUAAUCAUGGCAGCAACGUGAUGGCCGUGACUCUAAACUUCCUACCCGAAUCUGAAAUAAUCGAGGUUUUUGAUGAGGAGCAAGAUUUAGAGGCUAAUAAGGGCGGGGAUGAUCAAAUAAAAUCCUCGAUGUGA